GUUUUAUUGUGACUACUGCGACACAUACCUCACCCAUGACUCGCCCUCUGUGAGAAAAACCCACUGCAGUGGCCGAAAACACAAAGAGAACGUGAAAGACUACUAUCAGAAAUGGAUGGAGGAACAAGCUCAGAGCCUGAUUGACAAAACAACGGCUGCAUUUCAGCAAGGGAAAAUCCCACCUACACCGUUCUCAGCACCACCUCCUGCAGGAGCCAUGAUACCGCCUCCUCCCAGCAUCCCUGGCCCCCCGCGGCCUGGCAUGAUGCCGGCCCCGCAUAUGGGUGGACCGCCGAUGAUGCCAAUGAUGGGCCCUCCGCCCCCCGGAAUGAUGCCGGUUGGACCCGCUCCAGGGAUGAGGCCACCGAUGGGAGGACACAUGCCAAUGAUGCCAGGGCCCCCGAUGAUGAGACCACCCUCCAGACCCAUGAUGGUGCCAACCAGGCCGGGAAUGACCCGUCCAGACAGAUAAAGGUGGAAAUGGAGCUGCCUUUU